AUGGCUACGUUGAGUGAAAACAUAUUUAUAAACGCAAAAAUCGGUGGAAGCCGCGGAAAUUACGUGAUAACUCCAAAAAUUCCUGACGGAUUAGCAGCAGCUGUUGAAAAUUUAACCCGAGAAGUGAUUCGGCACCAUCCUCCGGAUAUUUACGUGUUUGCUGCCCAGCAUUUUUCAAAUUUGCUUCAACUGCGUGACCAGAACUACCCGAAGAUCAAUAGACACCACUCACAGCCUAUUAUAUACGACUCGUCAUCUUCAUCUGUCUCAUCAAGCUGCCAUCAAGUAACCCGUGAAUCUCCCAGCGAGUGGCAGCAGUGCCAUCAUUAUCAUCAGCAAAAAACAUCAAAGCGGUCUAAGCCUAAUUAUUAUUCACAGUAUGAAAGAACCCGCGACUUUCCCGUGGUGAUAACCGAGCACCAUCAUCAUCAUCACCACCACCAGCGCAGAAAAUCCCGGGAUAUAAAGAGCCAGUCUCCUAGCGUGAUCAGCAACGACGAGAUGCUCGCCAAGGACAUCAAGACCAAGCUGAAGAAAAACAGAAUCAGCAGCCGUGAAAGAAGCGAGUCUAUGAGGAGCAACAAAGCAGUGACCACUUCAAUGACCAACUUGAGUAUGAACAAAGUUAAAGAUUAUGUAGUCAAUAAAUUUUCACAUUCUUCAAGCUUUGAUGAGCCUCCUAAUUAUUACGUCUCCAAAGUCCAGGAUGUCAUCACCGCAACUGAACCAAUAAUAAAUGAGAAAUUAAAAGUUUUCAGGGAAACUAAAUCACUUUCUCGUCAGUCUACUCACAGCCAGACUCAAGAUUUACCUGAGAAUAAUUUAAAUAUUAAUUCUAAUGCUCUGGAGGCCAGGUUGAAUGAAACGCACAAUAUUCUAAAGGAUAUUUCAUCGUGUUUUUCAAUGAGGAGCAAUAAAAAUCGGCCGCAUUCUGCUGAUUUUGUAGCUGGAGUAGCUCGUCGUCGGAAGUAUCAUGAAGCUACUGAUGAAUUGGAAGCGAUGCUUCAUGAAACUCAUAAUCUUCUGCAAGGUAUUUCAAGCAGUUUGUUGAAAGAAAAUAAUCUGAGGAAAUUCAAGCAAGAAGAUCAUCUUCCUUCGGUUCAGAAUACUGCGGUUAAAGAUGCUGUUAAGGUUUGUGAUAAUAAGAGCUUGUUUGGUAGCUUUGCUCUUCCACCAGUUGUUACUACUAGUAGCAGCAGUUCUUCUGUUGCUAAUGAUGAUCAGAUUUUUAAAGUUGAGAAAGUUAAGCAAGAUUUGACGCUUCCUGUUUUGAUACCUGCUGUUGUUGAUAAUAGCUGUGAUAUUGAAGAACAAAUGAAGGGAGAUGAUACUGAAGCUAAAAAUGAAGCUAAAGAUGAAGCUAAAAAUGAAACUAAAGCUAAAAAUGAAGCUGAAGCUAAAAAAAAAGAAAUUAAAGAAGAAACUUGUUAUAUUUUAACUGAAGAUAAUGAUAAAUCUAAAAUUCCAAGUAAUAUAACUACAGUUAUAAUUUCAGACCAAGUUAGAUCAAAUAAUGAUCAAGAAAUUCAAUCUGAUCCACUUUUAGAUUCUUUUGGAGAAGUAAUUGUAGCACAACCGAUAGAAUCUGCCAUUUCUAUCAACGAUUUGGUAGAUCCAGAUGAUUUGAUGAUGAAGAAUAAGGUUCGUGUUAUUAAACAAGAUUUGCAGUGUAUAAAUGAAGAGGAAGGAGGUGAAGAUUCUCCUAGCAGUCGAACGGAAACUGGUGAACAGGAAAAUCAAGUUGAAAUUGAGAGCGAUCAUGAAUUGAAAGUUAUUGAUUAUCAGAAAGAAGAAAUGACUUCUUCUGUUAAAGAAACGAGUGUUGAAACUGACCUAGGGUCACCGAAGAGUUUGGAUGGGAGAGGAGAGACUGAACAAAGUAGCGGUGAUGGAGGUGAUGUAGGUGAAUCGAUUACUGCUGACUUGGCUGAGUCCUCUUCGAAUGAAGCUAAAGAGACUACUGUUACAGAUAAUUGCACCACGGAGCCUCUGAUUCAAAGCCUGUCGCUGGACGAACCGGUAAGACCAUUUGUGCCUGAAUUGAACCUUGAUUCUCUUCAAGAUAUUACGGUGUCUUCGUUCAAGCUUACUCCGACUGAUGACGAGUCCGAGCAGCCUGAAGAUAAUGAAAUUUCUAAUACUCUGAUUGAGAGUGCAGAUGUUUUUACUACUGCGACUGUUGAUAAUUCUAGUGAGAAGAUUGAGGAUGUUUGCUCACUGCAGGUGGUAGAAACUGAUAAGAGUGAUAAAGAUGGCGAGGAAAUUUCUUUGGAGGUGGAGAAAGUUUCUGGGGGGUUUAAUGAAACUGAGAAGGUUGAUGAGGUUCUUGAAGAAUAUUCUGAUAAAGAAGACAAACAAGAGCCUGAUGGGGAAAAUGAUAUGGCGAAACUUAAUAGAGCGCUGAUUGUUAUCCAAGCUGUAAUUGUCGAGAUCGACGCAGCAGAAAGUCUAUCAGAGUCCCAGGAUAAAAUCGAAGAAGAAACCCAGGAGAAUUCUCUCCAGUCGCGUGAUCUUCGAAAGCGACUCCACCGAGAAAACGCAAUGCAAAAAACCACGACAAUGUCUACAGAAACUUCGCCCCUGGAUAUUCCUAAUAAUGAGCAAGACUACGGAUUGCAGCACACUGGAGAAUUCCACGACUGUAUCGUUCUACCCGCUGAUGGUUUCGACUCGCUGAUGAAUAGCACAUUUUACCGCCGUUAUCCUCGGUACGCUGGGAAGAAUACCAGCGAAGAUCCAAAGGAAGAUCAUGACCAGGAUGAAAAUGAUGACUCUUCCGACGACAAUCAGGUUCUUAAAAACUGGACCCAGGAUGGGCAUAAGACAGUUACUGAUUGUCAUGAUGAUCAACAAAUUAAUAAUCAUAUUAAUCAUGGUAAUACUGAUACUGGUAAAUUUACUGCAAGCAGUAGUGUAAUUAUUUUAAGUAAUACCACUCCAAUCGUUCCACCAACAAUCGGCUUUCCACUUUUUGAUUUUGGGUUGAACCCACUCACUCAGUCACACAUGCCAGGAAUUUACAAUUACAAUUACGUUGAUAAUGAUUUAGGUGCUAAUAUUAAUAAUAUUAAUAAUAAUAAUAAUAAUAAUAAUAAUAAUAAUAAUAUUGCUUCUUCACCAACGAGUUUGGAUAAUGAUUCUUUAAGCAAUGAGGGGGUAAUUAUUACUGAAGAAAUCAAUGAGCCAGAGGAAGAUAAUCAAGUUGAAAUUAUUAAAGAAGAAAUAAAAUGCAAUGGAGUUAAUAAAAUUACCCAAGAACUGGAGGAACAUCAGAAUAAUAAACCAUUCAAGUUAUUAAAUGGUAAAAAAAAUGACCAGGUUCUGAAAUGCGACCUAGGAAACUUGUCAUCUAUUUUUGAUCAAUCUCUUCUUAAUCCACUUGGUCGUCCAAUUCCUACCAACGUGCCUUUGGCUUCGCCGGUUAGCAUCAAACUUCUAGAAAACAAUUUAUUGAACGUUGUCUUCGGCAAUGGAAGCUCUAUUCCUAUUACACUAGUGCAAAAUAUUCCAACGAAAGAGUCUCUGCUUCAUACUAAUGGCAAUCACCACCAUGAAGAUGAUGAAGUUAAAAAUAACUUGUCUUAA